AUGUCAUCACCUCUAAGCCAAACCCUCCCUCGGCCACCCCCCAUCCUCCUUGACCUAUAUGGGUUGCCUGCGUCCGAAGCUAUCCACCCAUCGAUAUACGAAGAGUCACGCGAAGCAUCGCUCUUCACGCCUUCAAACGACGAGAAUAGACCGUGCGUGACACUCACCUUUGCACAAUCCCUCGAUGCGAAGAUCGCCGGGGCGGGGGGCAAGCAGCUCAUCCUGAGUGGGAAAGAGAGCAUGGUGAUGACCCACUGGAUGCGCACCUUGCACGAUGCGAUCGUAGUCGGCAUCGGCACUGCGCUGAACGACGAUCCCCAGCUUAACACUCGUCACCUUCCCCCGCUCCCCGAAGGACACCCUCACGGGUACCGCAUUCCGAGGCCAGUCAUCCUCGACACGCACCUCCGUCUCCCGCCUACGUGCAAGCUCCUGCGAAACUACCAAGCCGGACGCGGUCGGCGUCCCUGGGUCGUCUGCGCGCGUCGGACAGGAUCGCGCGACGUCGCAGGCAACGAGGCGUUCACGAAGCGAGCAGCAGCCCUCCAGAACGCAGGCGCGCGCAUCGUCGAAGUGGACGCUGACGAGGCUACCGGUGCGAUCGCCAUCCCGGCCCUCCUGUCCGCCCUGCGCGAGCUUGGCGUGCGCUCGGUGAUGGUCGAGGGCGGCGCGCGCGUUAUUCGCGCGUUCCUCUCUGCCGCCGCGCCCGCGCACCGAUCUGCGGGUUCAGGCUCAGGCUCAGGGGACACAGACACGAAGACGGAGAACGCGAAGGCCGUCGACGCGCUCGUCGUGACCGUCGCACCGACGCUCGUGGGUGCGGCGGGUGUGGGAUACGGCACUGAAUUGCUCGCGGACGCACUACCGACGUUUCAGCACGUCCGGACCGAGGCGUUCGGGCCUGACGCCGUGACGGCCCUAAAGGUGCUGUAGCUGCGGCGAGCGGCGAGCCUGGCGGUCGGGCGUAUCUGUGUACGAGCCUGGCGGUUGGGUGUAUUUCGGCGCAGGAAUACGCAGUGUAAAAAGGGGUGCUCAAUUCUCGCCGUUCGUUCGCGCGUUCGGGCGCUACAUGGGCGCUACACCUACGCGGUUCAGACUCCGCCUAGCACAGUGUCGAGCGUCGUGCUUCGUCGCAAGUGUUGCUAGCACCAAGAUGCUCUCUG